AUGUGGAGACUCAUAUUGAUUUGCGGUCUGCAGAUGAUUUGUGCUUCGGAGCACAGUGACGAGGGAUGGGCAGGCGGGGAUGGAGGCAACUACGGUGGCAGCGGUGCCAGUGCCAGUGGCAGUGGGAGCAGCGGUGGCGGAGCAGAGGGUUACUACAAUCAUCAUACACCCACCACAUAUUCGGAGAUCUCUAAGCACGUGCCGGUGCAUGUGAUCGAGAAGAUUCCGCUGCCCAUACCUCAUCCGGUGGCGGUUCAAGUGCCGAAUGUGAUCCGGCUACAGAUACCAGAACCCUACGCUGUGCACGUGCCCGUCCAGCAGGAGAUCCAAGUGCCAGUGUACAAGAUAGUCCCAGAAAUAACCGAACGGAAGAUACCCUACACGGUGGAGAGGCCCUAUCCCGUUGAGGUGGAGAAACCCUACCCUGUGGAGGUGAUCAAGCAGAUUAGGAUUCCGGUGCCGAAACCCUACCCCGUACCGAUAACCAUCUACAAGCAUGUCCUGCAGAAGGAGCAUGGCUGGUAAUGAAAUAGGAGUUGAGUACAAGGCUUAACGCUCAUGUUUAACGAGUUCUACAAAAUGAUGUUACUACAUAUUUAAAUACAGAGUUUAAGCAAA